AUGCAAAAUUCUGAAAAUGUGAUUUCUAUAUUAAACACUAUUAAAAUCUCGGUAAGCAAUAAAAUCAAAGAAAUACAGGAGGAAAAGAUAAACGAAAUAUUUUCCCAGAAUGCAUCACAAGUAAAUAAAGAAUGGGAUUCCAUAAUUAACAGUUUUUCUGUUAAAAAAGACGAAAAACAAGAUCAACUUGAAAAGACGUUGAAUGAAAUGACAAGAUUCCUAACUGAACAGGUUAUAUCCAAUCCGCCGUUAAAUAAUAUUGGAAUACUGAAAAAAUCCGAAAUCUUCAUUAGCCUUUUUGAAAGCCAGAAUGUUUCUCACCUUUUUUCAUCGGUCAUUGCUAUGAAUGCGACAACCAAAAUUGGAGAAAGCCUUUUUGAGUUAUCUGAGAGAAAGCCCCUUGAAUUAGGAAUCAACAGCUCAAUACAUAGUGUGACGAAUUUUAUCGGAACUAUAUUAAAUCAAAUUAUACCGGAUGAUCCUUUACCAUCCGAAGCCAUGACAAUGGACAAGAUGCGGAAAAAGACAGAGCAGAAAUAUCCAAACCCUGACUCAUCUAUAAGUAUUGAAGAGAGAGCUUUUCUAGAUUUAAAGGAAUAUCAGCAGGAAAUGCUACAGCAAAAGAAACAACUCCCCAUUUCCAGAUCAGCUAUACCGGAGAUUAUGAAAACAAUAAAUCGAAUAGACGACGCCAUGUCUUCACUGGCUGUUAAGGACGGAUUACCAGUUAUUCAAAUUUCAAAACAGCUGAAGAUUGGGAAGUGGAAAGUAUCCCCAAAACCGUCAUCUCAAAUGUUCCAGUUGCCGAGUAAUGAAAGUGUACAAGUGGAUACCAUUCAAAGCAUGGGCAUCAGUUUAGUCGCUUUCAAGAAAAACCCUUUCGCGUAUGCGGCUGGAUCUGACAAUCUGAAAGACGUUAUUUCUUUUAAUCAAAAAUCGGGAUCGAAUAAAAUGCAAGAACGCACAUAUGGCACUGUAACAAUUGGUUUCAGUCAGAAGAACAUUACAUGGAAGUGGACUCAGCCAAUGAGCAAUAAUUCCAAAAUGAUUUUUCAUAUUUUUAAUUAUAGAUCGAAGGCUGAAAAGGCGUGUGUGAAGGUGAUGCCAACUGACAGGUAUCUUGGAUAUAUUGUAUACAUGAGAAGCCAUGUCUAUCCAACUAUAAAAGAUUUCAAUUACCGGACUGUUGUAGAACCAAGCAAUUUAACAGACGGUGUGUAUACGAUUUGUUUUCCUGAUAACGCCAUCUUAAAAACUGGAAAAAUUUACGUGGGCCUGCAACCAUUCGCAAUUAUGGGACAUCAGCGACAUAAGAGAUCAAUAGACAACCGAACUGAAAUGAUUAAUACAACUUACUCAUUCGGUUCUCUCGUCGCCGGUUGUUCGGUCUUGGAUGACAAGAAUAACAAAUGGACUUCAAAUAAUUGCAAAGUAACUAACGGAAUUUCAUCCCCUUCUUCCCAUUCACUCAGUUCUUCUUCCUCCCUAAGGUUAGGCUCAAUCCCUGCUUCCUCGGAAUGUCCCGCUGGGGUCAGACUUACCUCCCUCAGUCUUCGAAGGCAACACAUUACAGGUGAAGUCUGGCCCUUCCUUCAGCAAACGGUAUACCCGUGCCUUUCUCCUUCCCGUAUGUUCUCUUCCUUCCUCUCGCUUUCUCGACAGCCGAGGCGUGGGAGUCGGGGCCCUCCUGCGUGGGAUAAAGCUCGGAUGAUUCUCUUUUCUCGGACUAGCAACCCAUUCCUCCCCUCUAUUCGAGUUAGGGUUGUUUCGUUCGAUGUGGUCCAUCUUUCUCCUGCGAGGACAGGGGGCAUCAGUGUAUUAACUCGCUUUAUCCCCAUUUACGGUCUCCCUCUGCCGUACACCACCGAGCCUUGUGCCCGAACUCGCCAAAAGUCGUGCAGUUCGGCUCCAAAGACCUUGGGUCGCCUCCAUAGUUUGUCGGGCAGUCACAGGCCCGAUACCCACCAUACUUGCAAGACCAGCACAUCAGCCCAUAUCGGCCCGGUGUGGGCUUGUGAAACCCAUAACGCAGAUCCCAGACUCUCCUACUGGGAACUGCUUCAGCCUUCCAGUCCUCUUCCGCCUCUUCUUUCGGGUCCCAUAUCUAGAUCCGCUCCUUGUCCUUUUUCAUCACUACUUUGCCCCCCCCCCGGGUUCCUACCUACAUCCCCUCUUAUUCUAUCCCAGAGUCGUUCGCUGGUCCGAGCUGCCUCUAUGGCUGCGGCCAGGCUGACCAGUCCUAACUUCAGAACAUCGCCCCUCAGAUCCCUGUCACUCAGCGCGUCCACAUCACACAUCAGCCAACAAGGCCUGAAUAGGACCACUGUCCCGAGUCGCCAACUCCGGAAAAAUCUAAGUUCAAUGAGCGAAAAAAGGAAACUAAAAAGUGACUUACCUGAGGUCCACCGCUCCGUGUUUUGUUUCUUUUUCUUCCUUCUUUUGCUUCCUUCUCUUUUCCUCCUUAUGUCCCUUUUAGACCAAUAUAGUCCGAAAACUAGAGUCCUUUCUGGUCUUACUUGGUCCCGACUGGACAAAACAAAUACAACUUUUCAGACGGCCGUGGUAAUUCCCACGGGUCCAUCCUGCCCAACUCUUGCCUGGGCUAAUUCUCUUCUGUCUCUCUCUCUCUCUUCCGUCUGCCUCUUCCGUCUGCUUCUUCCGUCUGUCUCUUCCGUCUCUGUCUUCAGUCUGCACACUCGCCCGUCUCUCUCUUCCGUCUCAACACUCGCCCGUCUGCGACUCUCUCUCUCUCUCUCUCUCUCUCUCUCUCUCUCUCUGUCGCAUACUUACAGAUUUAUCAUUGCUAAUGAUUCUUACGAUGUUAAUUUUCAUUUCUUUUUUCUUUCUUUCCAGCCAAAAUACAACAAAGAGAAAAAUUCUGUUGAGUGCGAAUGCAAUAAUCCUGUCAGUACAAUCUUCAGCAAUUCUUUCUACGUUCCGCCAAACGUUAUCGACUUCUCUACUGUAUUCAAUAAAUUUGACCUCGUCAACAAUGGAGCAGUUUUUGGUGUAGUCAUCGCUUUCAUCAGCAUAUAUCUUAUUCUGCUUGUAAUUACGAGGCAUUACGAUCGGAAAGAUUUUAUCAGAUGGUCUAUCAUACCAUUGGUUGACAGCGUGGACACAGAUCCAUUUUGGUAUGUAAUAUCCGUUUAUACAGGGCUUCAAUAUGGAUCAGGAACAAAAUCUAGGAUCAGCUUCAAGGUAGCCGGCGAGAAUGUAGACACCAAAGUCCACUCACUGACAGAUGGUCAUCAAAAGGAAUUUAAAACUGGAAGCAUACUUAAAUUUUUCAUGAGCACCAAUGAAUUAUUGGGUGACAUUCAAUACCUGUACAUUUGGCACGAUAACAGCGGAUCUGGUGACAAUGCAUCCUGGUAUUUGAAUAAAAUAGAAAUAACCGAUUUGCAGACUCAUGAAAGUUAUGUAUUCCUUUGCAAUUCUUGGCUUGCUGUAGAAGAGGGAGAUGGAUUAAUCUCGCGAGUUCUCCCUUUAAGCACUGGAAAUGAUCUGCUCUCUUUCAAUAAUAAAUUUUUCGAACACACUCGGCAAAAGAUAACAGACGAACACAUAUGGUUAUCAAUUGUGUUCCGACCAUCAGAAUCUCCUUUUAAUAGGAAGAAACGCCUUUCAACAGCAUUCGCCUUGCUUUUUCUUACGAUGAUAUCGAACGCCAUCCAAGAAUGGGGUAAAGAAAAAUCGGAAGAAUGGUUAACAACUUUUUUCCUUUCUUUCUUUGAGUCUUGUUUCAUUGUGGACCCACUGAAGGUGAUUGUCGUCUCGAUCAUUUUAUCAUUUUUCUCAAAGAAGCUAAUCAAAAAUAAUAUCGCUCAGAAAAAAAUUGAAAAAAUAAACAACCACGGAGAAAUUUUACCACCAUCUUGGAAUCCGCCACUAGGUCAAAACAUUAUCAAGCAAGCGCGUGCGAAGCGACGUGGUGAUUUACGUAUGCGUGAAGCAAUUCAUGACAUAUUUUUGUAUGUUGUCUUCUUGUGGGUGAUCUAUUCUCUCAGUUUGGAUAACAGAGAUCCUCAUGCUUUUGAACAAAGUCAGCAGCUCGAUAAACUCUUUUAUGUAACGAAAGAGUUUAAACAGGUUCACACAAAUCGCCAGCUUUUAAAAUGGAUAAACACAACAUUUUUUUCGAACUUUUUCCCACAAACAAAUUACAAAGGAACAACACUCCAACCUUUAAGAAAGCUCUUUAUUUCAGACCAGACGAAUUUUAGAAUGGGCCCAGCCAGAUUCCGACUACUACGAAUGAGAAGCGAAACUUGCAAAAUCCCAUACAUCGGAACGGUCAAGUGCUUCGACAAUUACAACAUUCUCACUGAAGAUACGGAUGGCUACUGUAUAAAAUGGAAGCCACCGCCAUGCCCUUCAGAUCAAGAACUUACACAUCUCACUUUUCCGGCAUGGAAUUUUACUUCUGCCACAAAAAUCUGGGGAAUACCCAUCAUGGGAACAUUUAGCCUUUACGGGGGUGGUGGUUAUAUCUUAAACUUGGAAAUCAACCUACCGAUAUCUAUAAAAAUGAUGGAAGAAAUUACCAAGAACCUGUGGAUUGAUCGAAAGUCAAGGGCUCUAUUUAUUGAGUUUACCUUAUACAAUGCGAACGUCAACUUGUUUACUUAUGUCGUCCUUUUAGCUGAAAUUCCAAAUAUUGGUGAAAUCCUCCCUUAUACAUUCUUUUACUCUUUCAAAGCGUUAGCUGAUGAAAAUGAUGGAAUGAUAUUUAUCUACCAGUUGCUCUUCUUGGCGUUCAUUUUAAUGAUACUAAUUCGUUCAUUCCUACGCAUGUUCCAUAUGAAAUGGGCCUUUUUUAGCGAAAUUUGGUACGUCUUGGACUUUCUGUCAUCAUUAAGCUGUGGCGCAGCCACUGGGAUGUACAUAAUGCGAAGUCUGAUGAUGCCAAAGUACAUCAGAAAGACCCUUUUUCCGGAACGAGAAAGUGUAUUUGCAAAAACAGGCCCUGAAUUCUGUGACGUACAAAUCGAACCCGAAACCAAAAACGAUCUUCCUAAGAAAGGGGAAACUGAUACGACAGUAGACCUGAAAAAUUUGAAUCUGUCUUCAUUUGAUAUGAUGUACCAUUUGAUCAACAAAAAUCAUGAGGACUGCUUCAAGGAUAUCUAUGCUGAUAAUGACAGACCGAAGAUGAAAUUCUGA